AUGGCACCACCACCAUUACUAUUCCUCCUCUCAUCCUUCUUCUUCAUAACAAUCCCCCUCUUCCCCUCACUUUCCCAAGCCACCGUCCCCGCCGCCGCCCAAUUCUCCUACACCAACGCCGGCGAAUUCGGCCCGUACAUCGUCGAAUACGACGCCAGCUACCGCAUCCUCCCGAUCGCCCGAACCCCGUUCCAGCUCUUCUUCUACAACACCACCCCGACCGCCUUCACACUCGCGGUCCGGAUGGGGAUGCAGCGCUCCGAGGCCACGCGCCGGUUCGUCUGGGAGGCGAACCGGGGCAACCCGGUCGGGGAGAACGCCACCUUCUCGUUCGGGUCGGACGGCAACCUCGUCCUCGCCCACCAAAACGGCACCGUCGCGUGGGAGUCGGGCACCAAACGAAACGCCGUCGUCCGGUUCGAGAUGCUCCAGACCGGGAACAUGGUCCUGUACGACGCCGUGGGGAGGGUGGUGUGGCAGAGCUUCGAUUACGUCACGGACACGCUCCUCGUCGGGCAGUCUCUCCGGGUCGGGUCCAAAUUAGUGAGCCGGGUUUCCGAGGGGGCGAACGAGAAUGGGCCGUAUAGUUUGGUCCUCGAGCCCAGUAGGAUUGCUUUGUACUACACUACCGAAAAUACCCCUAAGCCGUACCCUUACUUUACCUUCUUCGACCUCAGUCGGAGCCAGGGGACACUGGAGAAGAUCACGAUGAAUCCCACGUUAGGGUUCGAUUACGAGGUGAAGAACGGGUACAACGGCACCGGCGGGGGGUUCAAGAAUCCGAGGUACAACUCGACGCUGUCGUAUCUCCGGCUGGGAAUCGACGGGAAUUUGAGGAUUUUCACGUAUCUGAUCACGUUUGAGGAGUCCGGGUAUGAGGUUCAUUAUUGGGAGAAUACGGUGACGUUUUUCUCCGAGGACGAUUGGUGGGCGGUGGAGACCAAGUGUCAGCUCCCCGGCCGGUGCGGGGAGUUUGGGGUUUGUCGGAACAGUCAGUGCGUCGGGUGCCCGUCGGCGAGUGGUGGGUUGUUGGGUUGGUCGGAGGAUUGUCGGGCGCCGGAGUUGGGUGCUUGCGGAGGGAAGAAGGGUGGGUUCAGGUAUGUUGAGAUGGCCGGAAUUGAUCAUUUCACGGCGAAGUAUUCGAGAGGGGACGGGCCGGUGACGAAGGAAUCGUGUGCGGGGAAGUGCGGCAAGGAUUGUAAGUGUAAAGGGUAUUUUUAUCAUACGGUUUCGAGGAGGUGCUGGAUUGCUUACGAGUUGGGGACGAUGAUUCGGGUUGACAAUUCGACUCAUUUGGCGUACAUCAAGGCGCCUCUCUAG